UAUUCUUUGAGGUGGUGAAGAAAUAGGAUAGACUGGGGUCUAAACCAGAGCCCAAGACCUCAGAGGCCCAGGAGGGUGGUCAUUCAACCCAAAUUAAGCAUGCUGGGCUCUGGAGUCACAACAGCGCACAGCUUGAACAAUCCUUCCCUCCUGAUGUUCAGAUAGCGGGGAGGAGUGUGGCGCGGAAGAGUCUAUCUGACCUUGCCGCCCUUUUCCUGCCUGGCUAGGGUGGGCGGGGCCGGAAGGAAACACGCAUGCGCGUAAGGAAAUGCGCCUUCGUCCCGGAACUUUGGUUCCUGGUACCGCGGGGCACCCGGCCCCGGGAGUGUGCUCGGCCGGAAGUGGCCGCUGAGGAGCUGCGGCAGGGUUAGGUGUGUGGCGUUCGCCGCUGCGGGUAACAAGUCGUAGAGAAUCGGGAUGGAGGCCGUUGCGACUGCGACGGCGGCGACGGAACCCGGUGAAGGCUGCACGGAGCCCAGUCCUGGGCACUGGGGGGAGCUGAGCUGGACGCCGGUCCCAUCCAGACUCCAGGACAAGGCAGAAGCAGCAGAGGGAGAGCCAAGGGCCCUAGACGCUGACCCUCCUGAGGUUGAGGACGCGGCAGUGAGUGCCAUGCUGCGUGCCGUGGCUGCCAGCCGCCUGCCCGUGUGCAGCCAGCAGCAGGGCGAGCCUGACCUGACCGAGCAGGAGAAGGUGGCCAUCCUGGGCCAGCUGUACCAUGAGAAGCCGCUGGUGUUCCUGGAGCGUUUCCGCACAGGCCUCCGGGAGGAGCACCUGGCGUGCUUUGGCCACUUGCGCGGUGACCACCGUGCAGACUUCUACUGUGCCGAGGUGGCCCGGCAAGGCACCACCCGCCCCCGCACCCUGCGCACCCGCCUGCGUAACCGCCGCUACGCUGCCCUGCGUGAGCUCAUCCAAGGGGGCGAGUACUUCAGCGAUGAGCAGAUGCGGUUUCGGGCUCCGCUGCUGUACGAGCAGUACAUCGGGCAGUACCUGACCCAAGAGGAGCUCAGCUCCCGCACCCCGGCCCUCCAGCCGCCCAAGCCCGGCCCCCCCGGCACGCCCGCCUGCCCGCUCUCCGACCUGCUGCUCCAGUCCUACCAGGAGCGCGAGCUGCAGCAGCGGCUGCUUCAGCAGCAGGAGGAGGAGGAGGCCUGUUUGGAGGAGGAGGAAGAGGAGGAGGACAGCGACGAGGAAGACCAGAGGCCUGGCAAAGACUCGGAGGCCUGGGUCCCCGACUCAGAAGAGAGGCUGAUCCUGCGGGAAGAGUUCACCAGCCGGAUGCACCAGCACUUCUUGGACGGCAAGGAUGGGGACUUUGACUACAGCACCGUGGACGACAACCCCGACUUCGACAACCUGGACAUCGUGGCCCGGGAUGAGGAGGAGAGGUACUUCGACGAGGAGGAGCCCGAGGACGCGCCCAGCCCAGAGCUGGACGGGGACUGAUGGCUGCGGCCGCCCACCCUGUCCCCCGCCCCAGCAAGGCCGCUGAUGACAGGCUGGCUCGGUGACUUUCUCUCGGCGACAGCAGGGCGGCCGCCCUCUACCACCAAGCCUUGCUGGCCCCCGCUGUGACUGGGCUUCCCCGCCCUCGCCUUUACUCUCCGUUUCCUUCCCCCUCUGAACCUUCAGCGCCUCUCUCUCUCUCCCUCUCCCUCUCUCCCUUUCUCCCCACCUUUCUGUCCCCUGCUUUCUGUGUCUCUCCCUCUCUCCCCGCCUCCCUUUUUCUCUCUGCCUUUCUUUCCCCCCCUCUGUGUGCCUUGGCCUCUGUCCCCACAACAGGGCCCAGGAUGAACAUCCUCCCCUUGACCUAGGCCAGCGGGGCCCUUUGUUGCUGGAGCUGACCAGGUUGACCCCCGUGGCGCCCGCCUGUCCCUCCCCGCCCCUGCUCUCCCCACCUCUGUGCUCGAGGCUCUCCCUCACACUUACACCUCUUUGCCUCUGUUAUGUUCCAUCUCCGCAGGCCUCACUCUCUGGGCCCGUGGCUCUUCUUGCCCGUACAUUUCCAUCUUUCUCGGCCUCUGCACUGGCCCUGUCCCUCUCUGUCUGUCUCUCAGCCUUCAUCUCUGGGUUUCAGUAUCCCCCCCUGCAGGCCCGGAGCAUCCCCCAUCCUGGCUGCUGUGAGCGACAGAGCCUGACUGCUGAGUAACCCAGCUUCCCUGUGGGCAGCGGGAGACCCUGGGGGUGGCCACGGUCUCCCAUCUCUCCCUCGAGACCCAGGUUUGGGAGAGGGGGGCAAGGGCAACGCGGAGUCGUGGGCCUGCCAGGUUGGGUGUAGAGGGAGAGGAGGGGCUCCCCUCCCAGCCCCACCAGCCCCUCUCUGUCCAGCCACAGUCUUCCCUUCCUUCACUUCCUCCACCUCCCUCUCCCUCUCCUGUUUACACUCCCCAAAUAUGCACAGGCUGUUAUCAUGGUUCCUGAGUCAUCACACACACGCUCACACACACACACACAGCCGGCCCCAGCAUCCCUGCCCCGGGCAGGCCCCACAGAGCCCCCUGCUGCCCUGGGCUAAUGGGAGCCAGAUGGCCGCCUGGUGACUCAGCCACUGGCCUGUGGGAACCCAGGCGUCCCGCCUUCCCAUGCCCCCACACCCAGCUCAUGCUCCCCCGGUAGACAUAUACAGAAAAGGGGUCAGCUGCUAGUGGGGGAGGACACAGGCCGCGGCUUGGAGAGGUGGGGCCCCCUCCCUCCUGUGAGCCAGGCCAUGGCCAGGCCUGAAAACUGCCUCCUCCGGCAUGCGCCCCCAGAGUGAGGGGGAGACCCCCAAGGGCUCCUGGGACCAUGACUCUUGACCCCCAGGCCUCAGCUCUGCCCUCUGGGUCAACUGGAAUUAGAGCCAGACACAGAAAGUGAGCGCUAGAUGGAGGCUGAGGCAUGUUUAGACAGAAGGGCUAUGAGAUAAGGAAGCUUGCAGUUACUGAGCAGUUCUGUCCUGUGUCAGGCCCCAGCAAGGUGCCUGAUGCACUGAAUCCUCCAGACAGCCCCACAAACGAGGGGCCUGGCUCCCCUCAAUAUGUGGGUCGCAGGAGGCCCAGAAAGAAGAUGUUAUGUUCUCAAGGCCAUGUGGCCAUCAGAGGUGGAGACUUGGGCGUAGGACCACACAAGUCCUGGAGACCACCUACUGGCCUGCCUGUCCGCUCUCAGGGCCACACACAGUGGACACACAGACGUCCUCGGGGGUGAAGACUGCAGGAGAGUUAGCUGUUGAGGAUGAUAACAGCAGCCAACACCUUUGGGGCCCUCCAGGUGCGCUAGGCACUGUCCUUCCCAUACACAGACAGACGGCAUCAUCUCGUGUUUCGUCAGUACCCGAAUCACCGAACCAGCACAGAAGUCCCAUGUGGUAUAUACUAUCGGUACAGAUAGUGUGUCUCCCAGAGAAGCCCAAGGCCAUCCAGCCAGGUAGAUUCACAGUUUGGAAAGAUGAAGAGGGAGAAAUGUUUGUCUCUCAGGGGCUCAUGUUGAUGUCCUCAAGGUGUAAGAGGUCUUUCAUGAUACAGGCAUCAGCCCUGAAUGAUGUUCUCAUUCUUCACCAGUCUGUCAUUUGAUCAUUAAAUUUGUGAUACACUGUGCCAUACAUAAAUUUGUUACAUUUUUUUUUAAGUGAUGAGAGAGAGCAAUUGAGUCAGAAUUAGGGUUAGUCAGAUGGCAGAGGAGCGUCUAGCUGAGAGACAGAGGUGGAGCCCAGAGACACACCCCCAUCACAGCCUCAGACCUGCUGAGACCUGGAGGUGCCCCGAGAGGCGCCUGCCCCUCCGCUCCCCGUUCUGGGGUUGGGGUGGGCGGAGCGGCUGAGUCAGGGAGGGGAGAUCCCCUCUGAGGGCAUCCGGCCCCCGCCCCCACGUCUGCUGCUAGGCGCUGCUGGCUGCCGCCCCCGCCCCCCCACGUCUGACACCUCCGUGUGCCCUGCCAAAGCUAAAACUGCCUUCCUGCCCCUCUCCUCUCCUCCCCUCCAACUGCCUGCCCUGCUGUCUCCUCCUUCCUCUGCCCCCCCUUUCUGUCUGUCUCUGCAACUCUCUGUCCGUGUCUCCCCAUCACUUCUCAUCUCCCUUCUCUCAGCCCCUUCUCUUCCCCCUCAUGCCCGGGCCUCUGCCUCCUCUCCUCUCCCCUCCUCUCCCCUCCCCUCCCCUCCUUGUCAUUCCCUCCCUCUCUGUCUCCACUCCCCCAUGCCUUUCUGUCGGAGGCCCCCCUCCCCCCCCGCCCCCCCCCCCCGGUCUUCACCCUCAUUUUUUCCUACCCCUCUCUCUGCUGUCUCCUGGCCCACCCACCUCAUGCCAUCUCUGUUGGUCUCUCUCCCAGAUCCUGGGAAGUCCAGCGGGGGUGUCCAGGUCAAGCCUUCACUGGGAGCCCAGAAUGAGGGGUCACCACCUCGUCCCCACCCAGAAAGGGGGCGGGAAGGGGCAGCAAGGCUGUGGCCUGUCUGGCCAGAAGGAAGUGACUGUGCUGUGGCCUGGUCACCCCCGCCCCCAGGACCUGCCGGGCUGCUGCGCUGCUGCCGCCCCCGGGCUGGGGCCGAGUAAACACAGCCGCCGGCAGCCCAAGAUAUUUAUACCGAGGUCUGGGCGUGGGUCCAGUGCCCACCACAGCCCCUGCCCUGCCCUGCCCGCCACAGCCAGCCCCGAGCCAACGUGGCACCAGCCGGCAAGGGGACGAGCCGCAGACACAGCCUCCGCUAAGCACAGAGGCCGCCGGGCAUGUUGCUCAGGAUGCCAGCGGCUUCACUAGAGACACAGGAUGCCCCCCUUCCCUGGAAACACCAGCACAAACGCAGCCCAACACAUGCAGCUGCUCGUGAACGUGAACACACCCUACUGAAAACUCAAAAGUGGUAGAGCGAAAUAGAGACCCACACAACUGUUCACACACUGAAGUCAUCAGCCCACGUGUGGGGACACAGAACACAGACACCACCUGCUCACAGACACCCACAGAGGCUGAGAACACCCGUCCCGGGGAUGGACACGCUGGGAGGAGGACAGCAAGCAUGAGGGAGACACACCCCAUAGACACACAAACAUGCUCAGAAUACCAGCGGCGCACACGCUGAUCACAGAACGUAACCCAGAAGCCACACACCCGCAGGCACAAACACUGGGAACCGUCACACACGCACUGAAAACAGGCCGAGUAGGAAACAACAUACACACACACAUGCACACCUCCUGGAAACACACUUUUCUCACAGACCCAUAAACAUACACAGAAAACACCCACACUUCUAAUCAAACUUAUGCUAAGAAAUGUACAAAUUUACACCCAGAAAAGAAGAGCAAGGGUAUUGGGGAAAAAUCCAGACACAUAACACGCCAGGGAUACAACCAACUCAUACACACAGACUAGCCGAGUCACACAGUGUCACACCAGCUUGUACCGCAGAAACACAAAACCCAGGUGCGGCCACCACAGAUGCAGCACAGUCUCACACACACACACACACACACACACACACACACACACACACACGGAGCUGAACACGUGCUGGAGACAACACGAGUUGAAAAUCCCCCUUGGUCCAUAUGCAACACAGCCGUCAGGCCCAGCUGUGUGGCGCAGACCCCCAUGCUGGACACACAAAACUCACACCACAAAGCUUGCUGGGCUCCACACACACAAACACACACACACACACACACACACACACACACACAUUCGCAUUAGAAACAGGAAAACCACCAACGCGCUGGAUGUCCAGAGAUGUAGGGGAAGGGGGCUUUCUCUCCCUCCCCCUGUCGCCCCCUCCCUUUCUCCCUCUGGCGCUGACCCAGGCCCGGCUGGGGUGGGGGUGGGGGGCAGGAAGGCCUGAGCUGGCCUCCCCCCCGGCCCUGCUUCCUGCCCCUUGGGGGCCGGACGGGAAGCUGGGGCUCCAGACGGAACCCAGAAAGCCCCCACGACUUCCCUCCCCGCCCGGGCCGCCUGCAGAGGCGGGGGAGAGGAGGGGGGCGCCCCGAAGCCCCCGGGCGCGCCCCUGCGGCUGGCUGGGGGCCGGGGCCGCGGGCCCGGGGCCGGGCGCGGCGGGACACGGGCCGCCCGCGCGGCCCGGAAGGUGCUGAGCCCGCGGCUUUCCCGGCCCCGCGCGCCCGGGCAGGUGGGCGGGGGCGGGGCGGGGCCCGAGGGCGUGGCCAGGGCCCGGCGGCUGGCCCUCGGCGAGGCGCGAGCUGGGCGUGUCUGGGUGCGGGGGGCCUCUCCGUCCGGGACCCCGGGUGUGGCAGCGCGUCUGGGUAUGGCAGGUCGGCUGCCGCCCGUAGGGCCGUGGGGGACUCCCCAGGCGUGAGCGUGUGGGGCCGGCAGAUGUCAGGCCGGGUGGGCACGACCGCCUGGCCGUCUGCGCGAGCCUGACGUGUCAGAUCUCCGUGUGUGGUAUGUGUCUGGGUAGGACUGUGACGUGUCAGGCCGUGUGCGUGCACACGGCGCCUGUGUGUGACCGUGACCCCACGGAGGAUGUUUGUGUAACUGCUGGUGGGUCGGGGCCCGAAUCUCUGUUUCAUUUCCGGAUGGGGCUCCGAUGCGGUGAGGAGUGUGUCUGCGCGUGGCCCUGCCUCUGCGUCCGUGUCUGCUGUGUGGUGGUUAUGACCAGGACCCAACAGAAUGUAUUUGUGUGACGGCGUCUUGCUGUGUCCCUACGGAAGUCUCUGCUUAUGCUGUUUCCCAGCGAAGCUCCAAGGCUGGGCUGUGUGCAUGUAAUGGGGCGGCGUGUGUCACAUGCCGCCAGGUGUCCCAGUCCAUGUAGUCAUGGGUCCUGCAGGAGUUUGCGUGUGUGUCCAUCAUGGCACACAGGUGACUGUUUGUGUGGGACACUGUGGGAUACUGCCUGUAUUUGAACCUCUGUAUGAGUUUGACCGUGAAUACACGUGCCGCAUCCUCACAGGGCUGCGGUGACUACACUUGAUGUCCUUGUGUCCUUGCAAGCAUCUCCACACGAGGCUGGUGACAGGGGCUCCACGUCCUUGGAUAGUGAACUCCUCUGGCCCCCACCUCCCCCCCCAGGCCUCAUGGCUCCCAGACCUGGGGCAGGGGGAGUAACCACACUUCUACCUCUGGGCUGGGCUGGGCAGGGCAGGCCCCAGGGUCCACUCAUGCAGACCUAGCGCUGCCCAUCAACAAAGGAAGCUCAGCACCGACACCAUCCUCCCCCAGGGCAGUCACUGAGCAAAGCAGGUCAAGGCCCCAGACCUGGGAAGGGCACCACAGAGAGAGGGGGAACCGAAACCAGGGAGGAAGAGGGGAAACUGAGAGUCCAGAGAAAGAGGAAGCAGGAGAGACCCCAGCAGAUGGGAAGAAACACAGCAGAGGGAAACCCAACCCAGCUCAGGGCCCUGUCAUUUCUUCUCUGGACAACUGAUCUCCCUGUGGUCACCCUCACCCCCAUUCAGUCUACUCUCUACCAUCAGCCAGAGGGACCUCUGAGCACUUAAGUCAAAUCACGUUCCUCUUCUGUUUAAAACCCUGUCACGGUGCCUGCCUCCCUCAGAGUACAAGUUCUCACAGGUCCCCACAGGCCUGAUGUGGUCCGGAAAGCAGGACCGGUGUAGAAGUUGUAUGCAUAAGCCCUCAACUCUAGCUGCCUGCCUUCAAAUCCCAGCUCUGCCAUUUGCUAACUGUGUGACCUUAACAAGUAACUUAACCUCUCUGUGCCUCAGUAUUCCCAUCUGUGGAGUGGGGAGCAAAAAGUAUCUAUAGCAGGAGUUGGCAGACUUUUUCUGUCAAGGGUCAGAUGGUAAAUAUUUUUGACUUUGCAUACAGUUUCUACUCAGCUCUGGCCUGGUAGCACUAAAACAGCCACAGACAGUACAGUACAGAAUGAGCAUGGCUGUGCUCCAAUAAAACUAUACUUACAGAAACAGGCAGUGGGUCAGAAUUUGCCUGCAGGCAGUAGUUUGCCAACCCCUGCUCUCUUGGGCUGUGGGGAGAAUGCCCUGAGCUAGUAGCUCCGUACCUGACGUGGAGAAUUGUUUUUAUUACUCUCUGGCCUGUGAGUGUUUCUGACUCAGAUCUUAACACCCUUCCCCCUGCCCCUCCCUUCCAACCGCACUGGCCUCUUUCCUGUCUGUGUAGCUCACCCCAAGUUCAUCUUUACUUCCAGGCCUUUGCUUUUGUCACCAAGAACACCCUUCCCCAUCCUCCCCCAGACUGCCUUCUUGGCUUCCUUCAAGUCCCAAAUGCCACCUCCUCCAAGAAGCCCUCCCUCCUUCCCCAAGGCCGUCUCUCACCCAUCCUGCUUUCCUGUUUUUGCACAACUUUACUAUGUCUGUCUCCUCCCCAGAAAGUAGGUUCUUGGUGGGCAGGAACUAUUCCCUUAAGCUCUCUGUGCUUCCAUUUCUUACGUUUAAAGUGGGUGCUAUCAGAGUCUCUUUAUUUCAGAGCUUUGUUAUGGUGGUUAAAUGAGUUAAUUAAUAUAAGGCACUUAAAAUAGGGUCCAAGGUGCUCAAUAAAUAAAUCUAACCAGUGUCCACCAGGAGUUAAGAACAUAACAAGCGCUAAGGAAGUUUUCACGUGAGGAGGGGCAAAUGAAUGGUGGACAGACAGGAGGAGGCAGGUGCAGGUGAGGGAAGGGAGGUCCGGGAACGUCGGAAGGGAAACCCCAGUCAGGCACCCAACAACACAGAGACCCAGUCCUCUCUCCACCUUUAAUGGACCCCAGGUGGACUUGGGACGCAGUGUCCUUAAAUACAACCCCGAUGAGGCGGGCGGGGGGCGGGGACGGGGCCGGGCCUGCCGGGUGGGCGGGGCCUGUGGGGCGGGGCCUUCGGGUGGGGCGGGGCC